AUGUUGAAUGCUACUGUAGUAACCACAGUUGCAAUGGGUCAGAGCCCUCUUGAUAGAGCUCAAGCAGCCAAGAACAAAGGAAACAAAUACUUUAAAGCAGGAAAAUAUGAGCAAGCUAUUCAGUGUUACACUGAGGCUAUUAGCCUGUGCCCUCCUGAGAAGAACCUUGAUCUUUCUACCUUCUAUCAGAACAGAGCUGCUGCCUAUGAACAACUGCAAAAAUGGACAGAAGUGGCACAAGAUUGCACAAAGGCUGUUGAGCUUAAUCCUAAAUACGUAAAAGCUCUCUUCAGACGCGCCAAGGCUCAUGAGAAGCUAGACAAUAAGAAGGAAUGUUUAGAAGAUGUCACUGCAGUUUGCAUUUUAGAAGCCUUUCAAAACCAGCAAAGUAUGUUAUUAGCUGAUAAAGUUCUUAAACUCCUUGGGAAAGAAAAGGCCAAAGAGAAAUAUAAGAAUCGUGAGCCUCUGAUGCCCUCACCGCAGUUCAUUAAAUCCUACUUCAGCUCUUUCACAGAUGAUAUAAUCUCCCAACCUUUGCCAAAGGGUGACAAGUCAGAUGAAGAUAAGGAUAAGGAAGGAGAGGCUUCCGAAGUAAAAGAAAACUCUGGCUACUUGAGAGCAAAACAAUAUAUGGAAGAAGAGAACUACGACAAAAUUAUCAGUGAGACCACAAAAGAAAUUGAAGCAAAAGGAAAAUACAUGGCAGAAGCUUUGCUCCUGCGAGCUACCUUCUACUUACUUAUUGGCAAUGCAAAUGCCGCCAAACCCGACCUAGAUCAGGUUAUCAGCAUGGAAGGUGCAAAUGUGAAGCUCCGAGCCAAUGCUCUGAUCAAACGAGGAAGUAUGUAUAUGCAGCAGCAGCAGCCUGUGCUGUCCACUCAAGACUUUAACAUGGCUGCUGAUAUUGAUCCUCAGAAUGCAGAUGUUUACCACCAUCGAGGACAAUUGAAAAUCCUGCUUGACCAAGUAGAAGAGGCUGUAGAAGAUUUUGAUGAAUGUAUCCGAUUGCGACCUGAUUCUGCCUUGGCUCAAGCACAGAAAUGUUUUGCUCUGUAUCGCCAAGCAUAUACAGGAAAUAAUCCUUUGCCUGUGCAGGUAGCUAUGAAAGGCUUUGAAGAUGUCAUAAAAAAAUUUCCAAAGUGUGCUGAAGGCUAUGCACUCUAUGCUCAGGCACUAACUGAUCAACAGCAGUUUGGCAAGGCUGAUGAAAUGUAUGAUAAAUGUAUUGACCUUGAGCCAGACAAUGCCACUACAUAUGUUCAUAAAGGUUUACUUCAGCUUCAAUGGAAGCAAGAUUUAGACAAAGGUUUAGAACUCAUAAGCAAGGCCAUUGAAAUUGAUAACAAAUGUGAUUUUGCAUAUGAAACCAUGGGAACGAUUGAAGUGCAAAGAGGCAAUCUGGAUAAAGCCAUUGAAAUGUUCAACAAAGCUAUCAACCUGGCCAAAUCUGAAAUGGAGAUGGCCCACCUCUACUCACUCUGUGAUGCUGCCUAUGCCCAGACAGAAGUUGCAAAGAAGUAUGGAUUGAAACCACCAACACUGUAAAGAAACAAGAGGAGGAAAUGACCUUCUAAAGUGAAGUUGCCCACUUCAGCCAGCCCUAAAGAUGCUGUUGCAAACCAUGCUGAAUGGUGGAACUUAGUUUUUUCCCGUUCGUGGUGUUGUCAUUUGUUACAUCUGUUAAAUAUUUAGGUGUUGUGGGAGUGGUUGUUGAAGGAAGUAUGCGGUGUUGCAGCUUGUUCCUUUUGCAGCAAAACCUUAAAGUGUGUUAAGGGAAAUAAAGUUGCAAGGGAACAAAUGGAAGACAUUUUGGCCAUGCAAAUAAAAACUUUACAUUGGUUCA